AUGGACAGAACUUCAACAAGAGCAACUCCAUACCUGCUGGUUUAUGGUACUGAAGCAGUUAUACCUGCCAAGGUCGAGAUAUCUUCCUUAAGGAUCAUCCAAGAAGCAGAAUUGGAUAAUGCUGAAUGGGUCCGAGCUCGAUAUGAGCAAUUGGCAUUAAUUGACGAGAAAAGGAUGGUUGUCGUAUGUCACGGUCAAGUAUACCGACAAAGGAUGGAAAGAGCCUUCAACAAGCGAGUCAGGACUCGGCUUUUCCAAAUUGGGCAGCUGGUGCUCAAAAGACUUUUCCCGCAUCAAGAUGAAUACAAAAGGAAAUUUGCUCCCAACUGGCAUGGUCUUUAUGUGGUCCGCAAAGUACUCUACGGAGGAGUGAUAGUACUAGCAGAAAUGGAUGUACAAGAGUAUCCCAAGCCGAUCAACUAA